UAAAGUGGCAAAAUUCACCGUACAGGGUAUAGCUGUCAUGUGGACGUGUCGAAAACGGAGGAAAGUAAACGGGAAUCACAGUCGCGACAAUGACGUCGCGCGACAGGACCAAUGAAUUUGUUAACGCUAUUCGAACAAUGCAAAGCAGAACCGUGGCUCGAACAGCGGUUUUGCAAAAUCCUCGUCGAGCACGUCAAUUACAAAGUUACUCGAACUUUAUGUUGAUAGCUAAGAGUAUUGGAAGGAAUAUAGCGAGUACAUAUGCUAAAUUAGAAAAGCUUGCAUUAGUGGCAAAAAGAAAAUCUAUAUUCAACGACAGACAAAUGGAAAUUGAGGAAUUAACAAAUAUUAUAAAAACAGAUUUGAAAAGUUUGAAUCAUCAAAUAGGAAAACUACAAGAGCUUAGUAAAAAGCAACGGGAAGGAUAUGGUGCUUCUCAGAGUCAUCACAUGGCCUCGCAUUCGUCAUCAAUUGUUAUGGCCUUACAAUCAAAGUUAGCAAACAUGUCAAAUCAUUUUAAAAGUGUACUCGAAGUGAGAUCAGAGAAUAUGAGAGAAGAACAAAGUAGAAGACAACAAUUCACUCAAGGAUCUGUAUCUACCAUGUUACCUCCAAGUGUAACUGGAAAACAAGGUUCAUUGUUACUGCAAGAAGAAAAUUCGCCUUCUUCCGUAGCUAUAGAUUUGGAACCAGCAAUGGGACAGUUAACAAUGCAACAAGCAAUUCAAGAUGAUAAUGAUGCAUAUGUCCAAUCAAGAGCAGAAGCAAUGCAAAGCAUUGAAUCAACUAUAGUUGAACUCGGUGGAAUUUUUCAACAAUUAGCACACAUGGUCAAGGAACAAGAAGAAAUGGUAGAAAGGAUAGAUAGCAAUAUAGAAGAUACAGAAUUGAAUGUGGAAGCGGCACAUGCAGAAAUCUUAAAAUAUUUCCAAUCUGUAACUAAUAACAGGUGGUUAAUGAUAAAAAUUUUCGCGGUUCUUAUAUUUUUCUUCAUAUUUUUUGUAGUAUUUUUGGCAUAAAACAAUUAUUACAUUAUUAUUAUAUAUAUUUCUUUACGCAACUUUGUAGUUGACCAUCCAUAUCCAUUACAUGUGAUAUAAGAUGAUCGAAGAACAAGACGAAUUUUUAUAAAAUUACGACUCAUUAGUCAUAGAAUUAUAAUAUAGUUAUUGCAUUCCUCAACCUCUUUGUUGAAUUGUGAAUACUGUAAGUAUUAAUUAUUAAAAGAUCCAUCAAUGUAGACAAAAUUCUACAUUGUUGUUUAUAAAAUGUAAAAAGGAAGCUGUGGGUAAUAAAUGUAUAAUUUUCAA